AAGCACAGCUUGGGCAUAUAAUUCACUAUUUUCUCGUUUUGGGUUUUGGGUUUUCUGGGUUGAGACUUAAAAAUCGUCAAGAAUGGAGAUUGAUCUUUCACCCAAGUUGCCCAAGAAGGUGCACGGUGGAGAUGGUGGGUCCUACUUUUCUUGGUGCCCGUCUGAACUUCCCAUGCUCCGUGAAGGUAACAUUGGCGCUGCCAAGCUGGCCCUUGAGAAGAACGGGUUUGCUCUCCCUCAAUACUGCGAUUCUGCCAAGGUCGCUUACGUCCUUCAAGGUAAUGGUGUAGUUGGAAUUGUGCUUCCUGAGAAGGAAGAGAAGAUUCUUCCAGUGAAGAAGGGUGAUGCCAUUGCCCUCCCUUUUGGAGUUGUUACUUGGUGGUACAACAAGGAGGACACUGAAUUUGUAGUUCUUUUCUUGGGUGACACUUCAAAAGCACACAAGAGGGGUGAGUUCACUUCCUUCUAUCUUAAUGGCUCCAAUGGCAUUUUCACUGGCUUCUCAACCGAGUUUGUGGGUCGAGCAUGGGAUUUGGAGGAGAGCAUUGUCAAGACUCUCGUUGGAAAGCAAUCCGGUAAGGGCAUAGUCAAGCUUAGUGGAGUUAACUUACCUGAGCCAAAGAAGGAACACCGAGAUGGUAUGACAUUGAACUGUGAAGAGGCUCCUCUGGAUGUUAACAUUAAGAAUGGUGGAAGAGUUGUUGUUUUGAACACUAAAAACCUUCCUUUGGUUGGUGAGGUUGGACUUGGUGCUGACCUUGUUAGAUUGGAUGGAAGCGCUAUGUGCUCCCCUGGAUUUUCUUGUGACUCCGCCCUGCAGGUGACUUAUAUUGUUAGGGGCAGUGGCCGUGUCCAAGUUGUUGGAGUUGACGGUAAGAGGGUCUUGGAAACAACCAUCAAAGCUGGUAAUUUGUUCAUCGUUCCUAGGUACUUCGUUGUUUCGAAGAUUGCUGAUCCAGAUGGCUUGGAAUGGUUUUCUAUCAUCACUACUCCCAAUCCCAUAUUCACCCACUUGGCUGGAAGCAUUGGUUGUUGGAAGGCUUUAUCUCCUCAGGUGCUCCAGGCUGCCUUCAAUGUGGAUGCAGAUACAGAAAAACUAUUCCGGUCGAAGAGGACUGCUGAUGCUAUCUUCUUCCCUCCACCAAAGUGAACUAGUUUAGCUUAUAUCUAGUUUCAUGGUCCAAAUAAAGGGGUUUUGCAGUUAGGGAUUUCUUUGGCUUUGUUUUAAAACCCUCUUCUAGGGAGAUGUCAUGUUAGCUAUUAUGGUUUAAUUUUGGAACUUUCAUAAAUGUUAAGGGCCCGUCUGGUAACGUUUUCGGAGAAUGUUUUCUGAGAAUAUUUUCAGAGAAUGAAAAUAAGAAAACAAAUUUGCAUUUU